AUGAUAUCAUUCAUAGACUAUCCUUUCAUUUGGCUGGAAGGUGCCACGGGUGCGGCCAAGGACGAAUUGAAGCUUAUUUUUACCAUUUUAUUGUCCUACCCGUUCGCUGGCGUACUCAAACGGUUACCUGAUGCGGAGCCUGCGAAGAAGAACCUGUUUAUGAUUGGAGUUUCGUUGUUUUACAUGGUUGGGGUUUUCAAUUUAUGGGGUGGACUGCGGACUCUUAGUGUUAGCGCGGGCGGAGCGUAUGCUAUUGCGAAAUUUGUUCAAGGACCGUAUAUGCCAUGGAUCGCUUUCGUGUACUUGAUGGCGCACAUGCUCAUUUCGCAUAUCGAGCGGGAAUUGCACGGGAUUCCCGGAGUUGUGGAUGUUACUGGCGCGCAAAUGGUCAUGGUCAUGAAGUUAACGGCGUUCUGUUGGUCAGUGCAUGAUGGCCGAUUGCCCGAGAAAGAUUUAUCGGCCUUUCAGAAAGAUCGAGCCCUUCCGGUGAUGCCCAGUAUCCUCGACUACAUUGCAUAUGUGCUGUUUUUCCCGUCUUUGUUCGCCGGACCCGCAUUCGAUUUUGCGGAAUAUCAAAGGUGGAUUGAUUGCACCAUGUUUGACGUUGUAAGUCCUGGCGCAACCAAGGGCAGCACAAAGCGGAAGAGAAAAAUCCCAAAGAGCCAUCGUCCGGCGAUUUGGAAAGCUAUUUGUGGGUUGGGCUGGAUCGCUGCUUUUAUGAAGUUUUCUAGCUGGUACAAGACCGGGUUUGUUCUCGACGACGGAUUUUUGCGGUAUUCGGUUCUGAGAAGGGUUUGGUAUAUAUACGCUUUGGGUUUCACCGAACGUCUCAAAUACUAUGGCGUUUGGUCCCUGACUGAGGGCGCUUGCAUACUCUCCGGUUUGGGGUACAAUGGCCUCGAUGAGAACAAGAGGCCUCGCUGGGACCGUUUGACAAAUGUUGACCCUUGGGCACUCGAGACAGCGGAGAAUACAAGGGCUUACCUUGAGUCCUGGAAUAUGAACACGAACAAAUGGUUAAAGAACUAUGUGUAUCUGAGAGUGACACCAAGAGGAAAGAAACCGGGAUUUAGAAGCUCUUUAGUUACCUUUGGGACAUCAGCCAUUUGGCAUGGCAUCUCUCCUGGGUAUUACCUCACCUUCUUGACGGCAUCAUUUGUCCAGACGGUCGCUAAAUAUUUCCGGCGUCACAUUAGACCCUUCUUCGUGGAACCGGACGGAAAGACACCCGGUAGGUAUAAGAGGGCGUAUGACAUCUUCGGUCUUUUAGCGACACAAAUUGGGUUUUCCUACAUCGUCGCGCCAUUUAUCAUCCUGGACUUUAAGAACUCCCUCAUAGUCUGGGGCCGACUUAAGUUCUUUGUUCAUAUUGGCAUCCUCCUCUCCAUGCUAUUCUUCAAUUCGUCCGGAAAGUCUUGGCUCAGUCAGAAGUUGAAGGCGAGGGUUGGAAGGGCUGCCAGUUCUGAAGGUUUGCACAAAUCGCCAAGUGCUAGCGAUUUCCGUGGAGGCGCACUCGGCCUUCUAGAUCCUAUGAAAGAGAUUGAGGAUAUGCAACGAGAAUUAUUGGCGAAGGAGGAAGAGGUGAUGAAUAGGAGGAACUCAAUGAACACCACGAGCAAGAAUAAAUAACCCCUAGCUAAUCUUCCCUUAGUAGAGAAGGUAUCAUAGCUAAAGCUGGAGGUGUAUCCGAGGUGCAGCGUUGACCCCCCUCUUUUUUUUUGCUCUCCCUACUGGGCGUUCAUUCGCCUGCUAAAUACUUUGUUGUAAAUAAAAGGAAGUUGGAGUUGGGUUGACACAUUCUGCAUUCGAUGACGGAUCGUGUUUUUUUGGCGGGAAUAGAGUAGAAUUAGGAUUGGGCAUUAGUACUACAUUUUUUGAGUAUAAUAUGUAUUGUAUUCUGGGUGAGAGAAAUUGCAGAUAUAGACUUGAGCACGA